AUGUCUUUGGCAGACCAGAGUCAACAGUGGUACCCUACGAGCGUGCAGGUAACGGUGCUCCAAGCAAAGGACCUUCGGCUCAAGGGAAAGAAUGGUACGAACGACGCUUACGCCAUCAUGCAAGUGGCCAAAGACAAGUUUUCCACCUCGGUGGCCGAAAAAAGCGUCGCUCCUGUUUGGAAGGAAGAGGCCACGUUCGACCUGCCUUUGUUUCACCACGGAAAUGUGGAAAGCUGUACCUUGCGCGUUCAGGUUAUGCACCGAGCUCUGGUGGGACCUGACAAACUGCUCGGGCAGGCGGUUAUUAAUCUGCUGGAGCUCAACGAGAAUAAAGCCCGCAGUAAAACAGAAUGGUUCAAGCUGUUGGAUAAGUCGGGAAAACAGGACAAGGAGAGGGGGGAGGUGCUACUGGACAUCCAGUUCAUGAAGAACAACAUGACGGCCAGUAUGUUCGACCUGUCCGGUCAGGAAAAGAAACGCUCGCGCAUCGGAAAACUCAAGGACAAGAUGCGCGGGAAAAAGAAAGAAGGCCUGUCGGACUCCGCCUCAGCCGUAGUGCCCUCCUCAGGGCAGGUCCUGACGGACAGUGAGGGGGAGGAGGCCGGAGAGAGACAGGAGGAAGGAGAGGAUGGGGGCGACUCCACCACCAGCACCAAAAAGAAGAAAAAGAUCAAGCUGAAGUCGCUCUUUGGUUCCAAAUCCAACUUGCAGCGUAACGUCUCUCAGUCCAUGUCCACGCUGGGCGCCCUCCCUGAGAAAGACUCGGUCAUAAGCUCCAGCAGAUCAUCUGGGCUCAACGUGGAUUCUCCUGACGGCAAGAAGAAAUUCAAGUUCCUGACGCACAAGCGCACAGACAGCUCGGACAGUAAGGUGUCUCUGGGGGUGUUUUCCCUAUCGGGUCACUCCAGGCAGGGUUCUGCCAGCCACAGUAACCUCUGCAUUAAUGGCAGUCACGUCUACACAGAGGAACCAGAAUCUCGCAGCCCUAGAACAGGCUCCACCCUUAGUCUGAACAGCUCUGGGCGCGGCUCUCUGGAGGACCUCCGCAGAACGGGCCGACACAACUCCAGCACCUCAAUGGACUCGCUCAAGACCUCAAAUCAACCUAGUCAGUCAGUAUCAGAGCAGGAGCGCAUGAAAGAAGAGCAGGAGGAGGAGGAGGAACAGAGGAGGCAGGAAGAGAAGGAGAGAUUGAGACAGGAGCAAGAGGCAAAGAGCAGAAUUGAAGAGGAGAAAAGACAACAGGCGGAAGAGGAGGAGAGGAGACGGAUUGUAGAGGAGCGGAGUAGAAUGGAGGAGGAGCGGAAAAGGAUGGAGAGAGAGGAAGAAGAGGAGAGAGAGAGGAUGGAAAGAGAGAGGAGAAGGAUUGAGGAAGAGGAAAAGAUGAGGUUAGAGGAAAUGCAAAGGCAGGAAGAAGAGAAAAGAAGGCUUGAGAUGGAACAGAGGAUGAGAGAAGAACAGGAGAGGAAAAGACAGGCGGAGGAGGAAAGGCAGAAAAUGAUCGAGGAGGAGAGAAGGAGAAUGGAGGAGGAGGGGGAGGAGGAGAGGGUUAGGAUGGAGGAGGAGAAAAGAAUGAUUGAGGAGAGGAAGAGAUUAGAGGCAGAACAGGAGAGAAUUAGAAAGGCUGAGGAGCAAGAACGAGAGAGAAAGAAAGCAGAGGAGGAGAAAAGGAGGAGAGACGAAGAGGAGAGGAGGAUAAACGAGGAGAGAAAUCUAAAAAUGAGAGAACAAGAAAGAAUGAGGCAGGAAGAAGAGGAGAGGCGUUUGGAAGAGGAGGAAAGGAGGCUCAGGGAGGAGGAGGAGAGGAUGAUAUUUGAGGAGGAAAGCAGAAGAACACUUGAAGAGAGACAGCUGCUUGAAGAGAAGAGAAGACAGGAGUUGGAGAGAGUGAGACAGGAAGGAGAGAGAAUGCGACUGGAGGAGGAGGAGAGAACGAGGAAGGAGGAGGAGAGAAUGCGAAGGGAGGAAGAGGAGAGAAUGAGACAGGAGAAGGAGGAGAGAAUGAGACAGGAGGAGGAGGAGAGAAUGAGACAGGAGAAAGAGAGAGUGAGACAGGAAGAGGAAAGAGAGAGACUGGAGGAGGAGGAGAGAAUGAGACAGGAGAAAGAUAGAAUGAGGAAGGAGGCGGAGGAAAGAGUGAGACAGGAGAAGGAGAGAGUGAGACAGGAGGAAGAGGAGAGAGUGAGACGAGAGGAGGAGGAAAGGAAGCGGUUGAAGGAGGAGGAGAUGGGACGAGAGAGAGACAGGUUGGAACAGGAGAACCUGAAGAGCGUACGACAGGGUAAGAGCAGUGCGGCCUUUGGAGACAUCUUCUCCACCAAUCCGUUUGAGGAGAACACAUCCUCCAAUACCUUUGCAGAGACCUCCUCUGCAGACCCCUUCGGUGAGACUACCUCCAGCAAUCCUUUUGAGGAGUCGACACCUGUACCACACGGCCGCUCAGCCAGAGUCAGACCAAGGCCUCAUGCGGUGAAGCCAUUGGGCUCUGUGGAGACACUAGACAGCGAACCUUCCGUGAUUAGUGAUGACACGCAGCUGAAGAAAAAGGUGCCGGAGACGGCGCGGACGGGUCCGUACUCUCAGCUGACUCAGGAGGAGCUGAUUAAUCUGGUCGUCAGGCAGCAGGAGCAGCUGACCCAGAAAGACACUAAGAUCCUGGAGCUGGAGCAGUACAUCGACAACCUGCUGGUGCGAGUCAUGGAGGAGAACCCCGGCAUUUUAAUGGCCAUGAACUCGCUAAAGAAAGCGGUCUAACAGUUUGGUUUCAGAGAGAGAGAGAGAGUUUGGCUGGAUUAGUUACUACACGCUUAGUCUGGAAAUAACUGGGCUAAGUCAGCUAAUCAAAAAGAAAAGAAAAGAAAAAAACAAACCCACAUAACUACGUCACUAUCCUCAAACACUGUAAAAAACUGUGCACUUUCUACUUUCUGUGUUUGUUCCCUGGUCUGUGUGUUAAUACAGGUGCAUUUAAGAGGAGUGAUAUUGAAUAAUGGUUACUGACCCUUACAGUGCUGUUGGGAUUCUGCCCUAUUUACCAGAGGCAGG